AUGGGGUUCCUCCCAAAUGGGAUUUUCAGCUCAUUUCAUAGCCUUGACAUCAUUGAUAUAAGCUCCAAUUCUCUGAGUGGUAAUCUCUCAACAUCUUUUCCCUCAAAUGGUAGUUUCCCUUCGACUAUUCGAGUUAUAGAUGUUUCAAGCAAUCAUUUUUGCGGAGGGAUUGAGUUCUCUUGGUUCUUCCAUGGUUCGAAUUUGAUCAGUCUUAAUGCUAGUGACAACAGCUUCACUGGACAUAUUCCUUCAUCCAUCUGUAUCACUUGUCCUCUGCUCAGAAAACUUGAUUUCUCUGGUAACGAAUUUGGUGGACAAAUCUCUGUUGGCCUAGGGAGAUGCUCGAAACUCGAAGUACUUCGAGCAGGUUACAAUUUUUUAUCUGGAGUACUUCCUGCUGACAUUUACAGGCUAAGUUCACUUGUUGAGUUAUCAGCGCCUUCAAAUAUGAUAGGUGGCACCAUUGGAGAAGAAAUUUUGAGACUUGUGAACCUUAAGAUUAUCGAGUUGUCCUCGAAUAAUUUUUCUGGUAGCAUCCCAAUAAAUGUCGGGAAGCUCUCUAAGCUAGAGCAAUUGCACCUUCAUAUCAACAAACUCUAUGGUACAAUACCACCAUCAUUGAUGAACUGCAAAAAUCUCGUAAAACUCAUCUUAAGAGUUAACUCCCUGCAGGGUAACAUCUCGACGCUUGAUUUCUCCAGACUUACCCGCCUCCAAAUACUUGACGUUGGUAACAAUAACUUCACAGGAAAUUUACCAGACAGCUUAUUCUCAUGCAAGUCACUAAUUGCAGUUAGAGUAGCCACCAACAGGUUAACAGGAUCGAUUUCUCCCAAUAUGUCGACCUUAACAUCUCUAACGUUCCUCUCCAUCUCCAACAACAGCUUCAGCAAUAUAUCGGAAGCAAUCAAGAUUUUUGCAGGUUGCAAGAACCUGAUCACCAUUCUCUUGUCGAAAAACUUCUAUAAUGAAGUUAUACCUGGGGAAAAGACCUUCAUAGGACCAGAAAAAUUUGGAAACCUGCAGGUUCUUGCCUUAGGAGGAUGUAGCUUCAAUGGGCAAGUUCCAAGGUGGCUAGUUCAUAUGAAGAGUUUAGAGGUUCUGGACCUGUCAUUUAAUCAGCUUACAGGGAGGAUUCCAGAUUGGCUUGGCAAUCUGCCAAGUCUCUUUUACUUGGACUUGUCUAUAAAUCAUCUUACAGGAGAAAUUCCAUUGCAACUGAGCAGGCUUCCAGCACUAGUAUCAGCGAGGAUUGCCCAAAACCUGAACCGAAAUUAUCUUGAGCUGCCUGUUUUUGUUUCCCCCAACAAUGCCACUAGGCACCAAUACAAUCAGCUGCAGAACCUGCCUCCAGCAAUAUACCUCAAAGGCAACCAUCUCAGUGGCAGUAUACCAGUUGAGAUGCGUCAACUACAGAACCUUCAUGUGUUGGAUCUCAGCGAAAACCAUUUUUCAGGCAGCAUCACACCAGAACUUUCGUAUCUCAUAAAUCUAGAGAUGCUAGACCUUUCUCAGAAUAAUUUGACUGGAGAAAUCCCAACAUCAAUGCGAAACUUAUACUUCUUAUCGAAGUUUAAUGUUUCAUAUAACAACCUCGAGGGACCAAUACCUACAGGAGGUCAGUUUGACACUUUCACAAGAGCUAGCUAUGUCGGUAAUCCAGGGCUAUCUGGUCGAGUUUUACAGCUUCCUUGUUCAACUCAACCAGGUCAAGAAGCAAAACAUCGGGACACGACUGAUGAAAGCCAGAAGAAACUUAUUGUUGAAGGAUUUGUAACAGGUAUCUCCAUAGUCUUCCCAUUCGUUCUUGCAAUUCAAGCAUACUGUCAUCGGAAGAUCCUUUUUUACAGAAAGAAGCGCUAA